AUGUCAAUAAUCACUGAGAAGUUGAGAGAAAAAUGUUUCCAGUUAGUUAUCAACCACCUGAAACUUUUUUUCAGGUCAAAAGAUGAAACACUAGAAACAGAUGAAUUCAAGGAUUUCUUCCUGAGAUCUCUGGCUGGGAACAUUGUUCUGCCUGGGAACGUCGUUUCCUUGAGUUAUUUUGGCCGCUCUUGCAGCCUUCGGGUUGAAACCAUAAAAGGGGAGGACGGCGUCACCCUCCAGAGACCAGCUCCUCUCCUGGGAGCGAGUCCUGAAACUGAAGAGUCCUCUGUGAUGAAUUCUGUGCUGGACUCCACAUCAGCUGAACUCUCCCUGCAGCUCAGCAUGCUGUCUGUUGAUGACAACAACGAUGCAACAACAGACACACCUAGAGAGCUCGGUCCUGCAGCCAGCACUCCAUGCCGACAAGCCCAGCCUCUUUCCCUUUCCUCGCAGCCUGUAGCUCCUUCCCACGACUCCCUGAAUCCUUCAGCAGGUUCAGUAGACACUGCUGUGAGUCCAGAGAGCUCACUCAUCUUAGAGCAGACAGAGAAAAGCUCAUCAGCACCUCCUGCUGGUGCUUUGAGUACUGACACCUUCUACUGCCUGUCAUGCUCCACUAAAGUUAGACUUAAAAGCAGAGUAGGCCAAACAGAUCCAGAUGCAGAAGCUAAGGGGUCAAAGGUCACGUAUAGCAUGAUUGGUGGACUCAGUAGUCAGUUGGAUGUCAUCAAAGAGACCAUCGAACUUCCACUGAAACAUCCUGAGCUGUUUUCCAACUAUGGAAUCCCACCUCCAAGAGGAGUUCUUCUGUAUGGUCCCCCGGGGACAGGAAAAACUAUGAUUGGACGAGCCAUAGCCAGUGAAGUUGGAGCCCACAUGACGGUGAUAAAUGGCCCAGAAAUCAUGAGCAAAUUUUACGGUGAAACAGAAGCAAGACUGAGACAAAUAUUCACAGAAGCGUCUCAGAGGCAGCCUGCAAUCAUCUUCAUUGACGAGCUGGAUGCUUUGUGCCCAAAGCGAGAGGGAGCUCAGAAUGAGGUGGAGAAACGAGUUGUUGCCUCUCUUCUGACUCUGAUGGAUGGGAUUGGUUCAGAGGGUCACUCAGGUCAGCUGCUGGUCCUUGGGGCCACAAACCGACCCCAAGCCAUUGAUCCUGCCCUGCGCAGGCCAGGACGCUUUGACAAAGAGCUGGAGGUCGGAGUUCCUGGUGCUGCAGAGCGGACAGAUAUUUUGCAGAAGCAGCUGAAAUGCGUGCCGUGCAGCGCCACCGAGGAGGAGCUGACGCAGCUGGCGGACGCCGCUCACGGUUACGUAGGAGCAGAUCUCGCAGCUGUUGGCAAAGAAGCGGGUUUGCACGCACUGAAGCGAGCACUGGGAGGUUCCCAUCAACCACCGUCUGACCAGCAGCUCAUGGGGACAGUGACGGUCACUCUGCAGGACCUCCAGUGGGCCAUGUCUGUAGUGAAGCCCAGUGCCAUGAGGGAGGUUGCUAUUGAUGUCCCCAAGGUCCGCUGGUCAGAUGUGGGUGGGAUGGAAGAAGUGAAGCUAAAACUGAAGCAGGCAGUGGAGUGGCCCCUGAAGCACCCAGAGGCCUUCACCCGCAUGGGGAUCCAGCCACCUAAAGGCGUUCUUCUCUAUGGGCCUCCGGGCUGCUCGAAGACCAUGAUUGCCAAGGCUCUGGCUAAUGAAAGUGGGCUCAACUUUCUGGCUAUUAAAGGCCCAGAAUUACUGAGUAAAUAUGUUGGGGAGUCUGAACGAGCUGUGAGAGAGGUGUUUCGGAAGGCGAGGGCCGUCGCUCCCUCCAUCGUCUUCUUUGACGAGAUUGAUGCUCUCGCAAGUGAAAGAGGAAGCUCCUCUGGUUCCAGUGGUGUAGGGGACCGGGUCCUGGCUCAGCUCCUGACAGAGAUGGACGGCAUCGAGCAGCUCAGAGACGUCACCGUUCUGGCUGCCACCAACCGGCCUGACAUGAUCGAUAAGGCUCUGAUGCGUCCAGGUCGCCUCGACCGAAUUGUCUACGUGCCGCUUCCAGAUGCGCGUACCCGAAAGGAAAUAUUUUCUCUGCAGUUUCGUAAUAUGCCUGUCGCUGAAAAUGUGUCUCUUGACCACCUCGUGACUCGGACCAACAAUUAUUCUGGAGCUGAGAUAACUGCAGUAUGUAGAGAGGCUGCCCUCCUGGCCCUGCAAGAGGACAUCAAAGCUCGGCACAUCGAAGCCAGACACUUUGAAAGUGCCCUGAACACUGUGAAGCCCCGAAUCCCUGACUCUGUCAUCCAGUCGUAUAUCAGCUAUCAGCAGCAACACAGUGGCCUGUGUUUCUUCUGACCACACAGCUAUGGAAAAAGUCAAAAUUAGGAUUUUCUUGUGUAUAUGUGUUAACUGUACCAGUCUGCUUCAUUACACAGUGUUAAAUGUUUUCAAACCACAACGUUAGGCCAAAGAAUCUCAUCAGUUGUAAAUCGCUGACUUUAAAAUAAGACUGUUUUUAUUGCAGCGUUGACACUAUUGCUUUAUUUUUUGACUUUGAAGGAUAUGGUGUGCUGUCAUGUUUGAUCAAAUAAAAA